AUGGGCCUGAGGGGACCCCACUGCUUGCUAUUCCUGACCAUCCUCCUGCUGGACACGUGCCUGGCCCACUUCAGACUGCCCAACAGCUUCCAGUGGUUCGUGAGAGAACAUGUUGAUUUCCCCAAGACCAGCACCACUAAUGACCAUCGCUACUGCACCCUCCUUAUGCCGCUCUGGAACCUGACCACUCCCUUCUGCAAAUCCACCCACACGUUCAUCCAUGCCCCUGCCAGCCACCUCCAGGCCAUCUGCGGCCACGGUGGGACAUGUGACAGAUGCUACCACUGUGACAGUAAGGCAGCCUUCCGCCUCACCACCUACUGGGUGGAGCCCGGCUCCCACCCGGGCGCUGUACAUACCAAGGCAGAGCCCACACCAGCAGGAUCAGCCUGA